AUUUCACUCUAUCAUGGCGGUUAUUCCUUUCGUCAUCUACUUUGUCAUAAUUUAUAUUUGAAGUUUUCUAGCGUUAUUUGUGUUUUUUGUAAGCUUUGUUGUUAUUACAACUUUUUAAACUAUUUUUUUAGUAUUUAAAGAUCAAAAAUAAUGAGUUCUGCUUCGUCAACUGCCCUUUUUGCGUGUUCUCGUUGUUUCUCAAGACAUCCUUUCGAAGAAUUAUCUCCUGGAGAACAACUAUGCAAGGAAUGUCGUGGCUCUUUCCCGGUCGUGAAGUGUACUUAUUGCCGUUCCGAGUUUCAACAAACAAGUAAAUCUAAUACAUCAUCUAUUUGCAAGAAAUGUGAGGCAAAUGUGAAGGCUUAUGGCAAACCAACAGCCUGUGAAUAUUGCAACAUUAUUGCUGCCUUUAUAGGCAAUAAAUGCCAGCGGUGUGCUAAUUCAGAGCGCAAGUAUGGGCCCGCUGUUACUUGUGAGCAGUGCAAACAACGAUGCGCCUUUGACAGACAUGAUGACAAUAAAAAGGUGGAUGGAAAGUUGCUGUGUUGGCUUUGCACUCAGUCACUAAAAAGGGCCCUGGCUCGAACCAAACAACAUAUGUCAGCAGUCGACAAACACAAGCAUCGCUCACACAAGUCCAAAAGCAGUCACAAAGAUAAACGCAAGUCUGACAUGAUGAAGUCAAUGAAUUCUGGUGAUCUCUCGCUCGACUCACAGCCUAUGGAAAAGAAAUCGAAACUCAAUCCAUUGCAAGAUAUGUACUGUUUGUUAGGUGAACUAGACCCAAACAGUUCAGACCAUGUUGUUGCUAUGACUCAGCUCAAAGAAACUAUCGCAAGUCUUCAAAAGAAAGUACAACAGAAGGAUAAUGAAUUACUUUCCAAAGAUAAGCUGAUAACCGAGCUAAAAGCACAGCAUCAUAAUGACACGACGGAACUACGUAAUGAAAUGAAAAAUAAGGAACGAAUGAACGAAACCAAAUUCAAUUUAAUGAAUACGAAAAUUCAAAAUUUACUCAAAGAAGUCGCGACGCUCAGCAAAUCUGCUAAGAAAAAUAAUAAAUUGACAAAAUCCGCUCUCGCGAAUACAGAGAACAGCGGAAGUGGAACAGACAGCCCUAGCACUAAUUAGAACAAUUACUGGCAUAUUAUUCAUAGUGAUAUUUCAAUGGGAAAUAGGUAUUUUCCUUUUAUUUUUUUACUCUACAAAUGGUUUCAUUUGUAGACAUAUUUAAAACUUAAGCUUAAGUAGUUUUCCAUUUAAUAAUUUUUUUACUAUAAGUAACCAAUACCAUUAUUAUUUUUUAUUGUGCUAAGUAAGUUAUUCGAUAUGAUGGUGAGUUAUAAUUUUUAUAAUUAAUAAAUGCGGGUCAAAGUUAGUAAAUCAUUGUUCAAGGGGUUGCCAUUUAUAAACAAAAAACAUUUUCAUUAAAUCUAUUUCAUUUUUCAGUGGCAACUCUAAAUUACAAAAGACAAUUAAUUAAAUUGUGAAAACUGUAAAUUUCAAAUUAAAGAUAAAAUAUUCAAAUGAUGAAAAUGCCAUUAAACUAUCAAUUAAAAAAAAAAAUUGACAUGUGUUCAUUGUAUAUUUUAUUUUUGUAUCAUUAAUUAUUGAGUCUGUACCAAAAUUAGAUUUACAAUAAAUUAUGUCAUAUCAAUAUUUAGUACCUGGGCGGCAGAACUAGGUUCCAAAUUGCUACUUAUUUUAAGGGUCACGAAUAUUAUUAAACAUUUAUCAAAAGAAUCUUGUAACAUUAAGUUAAUAAAACAUUGCAUCGUUCCACAAAAUGUAAACUAGGUUUGUGUACGAUUUCUUGAAUCAAAAGUAUUGAUUUGUCAUAAUGUUGAUUUCACAAUUCCAAAAAAUCAACAAUUUUUAUAAUGUUAGAAGUUUAGCAGGAGUGUCGAUCAACAAAUGUGUAAAAUCACGUUUUAUUUUGUGUUUUAUCUUAGAAUUUUAAUUGAUAGGGUUUCAAUAAGGACCCGCUAAAUGUCUCACUUAAAAAUCAACUUACUGGUGAUACUAAUUAGAAAGAAAUAAAUUGUUUCAUUUAAAGAAA